AUGGCGACUUCUUGUGGGGACGUUUUUUCAAUUAAUGGAGUUAAUGUUCAAUUUCCUUAUACACCUUAUGAAUGUCAACGCGAUUUUAUGGAGAAAGUUUUGGAAACUUUACAAUCGAGUUCAAAUGCUGCUUUAGAAUCUCCUACCGGGACAGGCAAAACGCUGUCCUUGCUUUGUUCAGCCAUUGCUUGGAUUCAAGAAUACAAGGAAAAAUUAAAACCACAAACUUUUGCUAACAAUACUGGACUUACUAAUCCUUGUAUAAAUGCACCAAACCAUUCAAUACUUUACCCUCGUAUUUAUUAUGCUUCACGUACACAUAGCCAAUUGCAACAAGUUGUUAGAGAAUUAAAUAAAACAAAAUAUAAAUCGGUGGUUCGUCUAGUAACUUUAGCUGGAAGAGACAAACUCUGUUUAAAUGAGCGGGUUUUGAAGGAACAAAAUUCUGAAGUAAGAGGUCAGCUUUGCAGAACGAUGACUAGAGCAAGAAAAUGCAAUUUUUAUAAUACUCUUGAAAAAGAUGCUGAUUCUUUGGAUGCAAUGUAUUCUGGAGCUUUAGAUGGCAAUGCUUUGGAUAUCGAAGACCUUUUGAACACUGCUAGGAAAUUCAGGUUUAUUAUCGCAGUUGAACUUACUUAUAUACGAAGCCCAAUGCAUUGCCCUUUUUAUCGUGCUCGCCAACAAUUUGAACAAGCUGAUUUAGUUUUAUUACCUUAUAAUUACCUUUUGGAUCCAAAAGUUCGAGAAAUGUAUGAAAUUAAAGUUAGAGGGAAUAUUUUAAUUUUUGACGAAGCUCACAAUAUUGAAUCGGUAGCUGAACAGUCUGUUUCGAUUGAUUUUUCAACAAAAACAUUAAGUAUUGCAAUAAGGGAGGCAAAGAAAACUUUGGAAAUGGUUAUAGAAGAGGAGGAGAAAAUCAGAAAAGAAAUGGAUGAUAAUGGACCAAGUUUUUCUUCGUUAAUGGAUAAAAGAGGGGGAAAAAGACAAAAACAAAAAGAAGAUGAUAAAGAGAAACAAGUUAGUAAACAAGAUGUUGCUUCUCUUUUGAUGAUGCUUCAGUCAUUUGAAGAACAAUUAAUAUCUUUGAAUUCAAAUAAAAAAGAGGGAAAAGAAUUGGCAAAUUUACCUGGACGUGUUUUUCCAGGUUACAAAAUGGUUGAAAUUUUGAAGGCAGCAGAUAUUCAUAGACAUCAAAGAGAAAGUAUUUGCCUUUUAAUUGAUAGAAUUGGGUUGUUUUUGGCUACAAAUGCUGAACAAAAUCAUGGUAUUUGGGCAGUUAGAGGAACUUCACUGUCUGCUUUUUCAACGCUUAUUUCUCGAGUUUUUGUUGAUACAUUUGAAGAUAUGCCAACACAAAAUGGCAAAUUAUUUAACGGAAAUUUGUUGUCUUUACAACAACAGCAAAAUAUAGCUUCAAACAACUUUCAAUUAUUUAUUGAACAAUAUAAAAAUGAAAAAAGAAAAUAUUUUAGCAAUAAUUCAUUAAAUGAAGAAGAAACAAAUUUUGAUGGUUUGGUAGAAGAAAAUGACGGCUUGAAAGAAAAAGUUGGGAUUACACUGCAUUAUUGGUGUUUCAAUGCAGGUGUAGCAAUGCGCUUCCUCGAUUCAAGAGGCACACGCUCAAUAAUUUUUGCUUCUGGAACAUUAGCACCUUUACCAAGUUUUAUCAGCACAAUGGGAAUACAUUUUGGAGCUAUAUUAGAAUCUAAACAUUGUGCAAAUAAAAAUCAACUAGUUAUUGGUGCAUUAAGAAAGGGAUCAAAUGGAACUGAUUUGUUGGGGACUUUUCAAAAUAGAAAUGACCCUACUUAUAAACAAACUAUUGGUGAAUUAAUUCUUCAAGUGGCCAGUGUUACACCUCAAGGGAUGUUGGUAUUUUUCCCUUCUUAUUCACAAAUGAAUACAUUUGUCGAAUUUUGGAAGAAUUUAAAAUUGGCAAAUGGGCAACAAUUUUGGGCCCUUUUAGAAUGUCAAAAACAACUUUUUAUUGAACAAAAAGAUAAAUUCAACAUUCCAAUUUUGCUAAAAGAUUUUGAUUCGGCAGUUUAUGGGUCAGUUGGAGGAGCUCUUCUUUUUGCUGUUUGCAGAGGAAAAUUGAGCGAAGGCAUAGACUUUGCUGAUAGCCAUUGCAGAAGUUUAAUAAUUGUUGGCAUUCCAUUUCCUCCUUUAUUUGAUUCUCGUGUUAUUCUCAAGAAAAGUUAUUUGUUAGAAGCUGCCAACACUAAAAAUAAAAAUUCAAAUAAUUAUUUGUUGAGUGCUGAUGAAUGGUACAAAGUUGAAGGAACACGAACUGUUAAUCAAGCUCUUGGACGUAUAAUUAGACAUAAAGAAGAUUUUGGUGCUGUCAUUUUGGCAGAUUGCAGAUAUGCAACAAUGGAUCGUAAUAUGUUCCCUUCAUGGAUGCGUGAUUCAAUAAAAAUUCAUUCCGAGCCAAAUACAAUAUUGCCCUGUAUUGAAAGAUUUUUUACUGAAAGAGGGUUUUUGGGGCGUUCCUCAAAAAAUGUGAAAAAUAAUUUUGAAUCUUCAAUAAUUUGUAAAAAACAAAAUUAUUCUUCUCCAAAAGACAACAUUUCUUCUAGAAAAAGAAAUGAACGACAUUUUAUAUUAAACGAAAAUAUUUUAGAAAUUUAUGACCAAUUUCAAGUUGAAAAAGAAAAUGAUGAAAAUAGUGGUGGUACUUGUAGUCAAAUAAAUUUAAAUAAGGUAAAUUUUUGGUUUUGA